AUGGAUUCCUAUCCAUAUAGGCAGAAUCCAAAGUUUGUUGACUUACUCAAUAGUCAACAAGACAUUGGAUUUGGAUCCUAUGAAGAUAGUGUAGAGCUAUCUUCAACCCAAGUUCCUUUUCUUGCCACUCAAGGUACCGCUGAUUCAGCCUUCGACGGCGACACUCUUGCUGGUCAUCGUGAACGAAGAACUUGGACACCAGCGGACGAUGUGGUGCUGAUCAGCUCGUGGUUAAACACGAGCAAAGAUCCAGUUGUUAGCACCGAGCAAAAGUCAGGCGCUUUCUGGACAAGAAUAGUAGCCUACUUUGCUGCAAGUUAUCAAGAUGGUGGCUCUGAACAGAGAGGGGCUAGUCAUUGCAAGCACCGUUGGCAGAAGAUCAAUGAUCUCGUUUGCAAAUUCUGUGGAGCCUAUGAAGCUGCAAGGAGAGAGAAGACAUCAGGUCAAAACGAAAACAAUGUGCUCAAACUUGCUCAUCAAAUAUUUUUCAACAACCAUAAGAAGAAAUUCCUCCUUGAACACGCUUGGAAGGAACUGAGGCACGACCAGAAGUGGUGUGAGCUUUCUAGAAGGAAGGAACCUCUAAAAAGAAAGGCUGAGGAUGGUGGUGAUUCUUCAACAUCUCAAGCAGAUUCUAAGAAGCGUCCACCAGGUGUUAAAGCCUCAAAGGCGAGUGGUAAGAAGACGUUUGAUCCAGACAAGCAAGUAGAGGAGUUUGAGAGGAUUUGGAAAAUCAAGCAGAAGGAAAUUGAUGCUAAGGAACACCUGUCUAAGAUGAGCCUGCUUGAUAGUCUUAUUGGAAAAAAAGAACCUUUGCUUGAGUAUGAAGAAUCCCUUAAGAAAAAGCUAAUCAAUGGCUUAUUCUGA